AAAAUAACCCUAAAAAGAAAUGUUUUGACUUUUCAUGAGAUUACAAAUGUUAUCAUAUGUGAAUUUUACAUUUUCAUCUUUUUAGUGUAACUUACACAACUUUAAUGCAAUGUCAAGAUUUAGUGGAGCUUUACAAUUAACAGAUUUAGAUGAUUUUAUUACACCUUCACAAGAAUGUAUUAAACCCGUAGAAAUCAAGAAAAAGCCAGGAAGUAAAACAGGAGCUAAGAUACAAAUACAAGCAGAUGAUUAUUUCCAAAUUGAAGAGGAUGGGAGUGCCCAAAAGCUACAAAAAGUUGAGAUAACUUUGGCUGAUUGUUUAGCAUGUUCCGGCUGUAUAACUUCAGCUGAAAGUGUCUUAAUAUCAAAACAAAGUGAGGCAGAGUUACGGGAUGUUCUAGAAGCAAAUAAAAAGUUGAAAAUCGUAAAUGGCGAUGGUAGAUCUAAUGACAUUCAAAUAGUCAUUGUAAGUUUGUCCAUACAGCCUAUAUUGUCUCUAGCAGUACGCUACAAUCUUAAACCAGAUGAAUGUGCUGCCAAACUUUGUCAGUAUUUUAAACAACUAGGGGCAGAUAUGGUAGUAGAUAUGACUACUGCUGAUGAUUUAGCCAUUUUAGAAGCCCAAAAGGAAUUUAUAAGAAGAUAUCGAGCAACUCAUAGUGAUGGGGUUAAAAAUAUUUUGCCAAUGUUGGCAUCUAGUUGUCCAGGUUGGGUGUGUUAUGCAGAAAAAACUCACGGCAGUUACAUUCUACCAUACAUAUCAACAGCAAAAUCACCGCAACAAUUAAUGGGUUCCUUAUUGAAGGAAUAUGUGACUAAAAAACUAGAACCCAAGUAUUCCAAAGCCCACAUAUAUCACGUAGCUGUCAUGCCUUGUUAUGACAAAAAACUGGAAGCUUCUAGGAAUGAUUUCUUUUCCGAAGAAACUAAUAGACCUGAUGUGGAUUGUGUAAUUACACCUGUUGAAUUGGAGCAAAUGUUGAUGAAAGAUAAUAUAUCUUUAGACACGUUGGAAAACGGUAAAUUUACGCAACCUUGGAACUCCCUCACAGAAGAAAUUGUACCGUCUCUCGUUAAACAUAUUGGGUCGGGAUCAGGUGGAUAUGCCGAUCACAUUUUUAAGUAUGCUGCCAAUGAUUUGUUUGGCGAAGACUGUGAUCAUUUAGAGUACAAAUCUGUAAGGAACCCAGAUUUCAAAGAAGUUAUUCUGGAGAAAAAUGGCGAGGUUGUAUUAAGAUUUGCCAUAGCCAAUGGAUUUAGAAACAUACAAAAUUUAGUACAAAAACUAAAAAGAGGAAAAUCACAGUAUCACUACGUUGAAGUCAUGGCAUGUCCUUCAGGCUGUUUAAAUGGUGGAGCGCAGAUUAGACCAAAGGAAGGUAGAUCUGUCAAAGAUCUUCUGUUAGAGAUCGAGAAACUAUACGACUCCCUUCCAACACAUUCGCCAGAAAGUAACAAAGUUGUUAAAGAGCUGUAUGAUAGUUGGUUGCAGGGUGAAGAUAGUGAUAAGUGUUCUUUGGUAUUACAUACGCAAUAUCACGCUGUGGAAAAAACAACUAACGCUUUGAAUAUUAAGUGGUAGAUAUGUUAAACUUAUGUUUUAUUUGUAAAAUAA